CUGCGCAAAAUGCAUCACCGAUCGAUUUGCAAAUUGCUUCUGAGACAUGACCGCCUCUCCAGCCUCUCUUCCCUCAACUCCUCCGCUCACGGCAUCUUCCACUCCACCCCAUUUCCGAAACCCACCACAAAUUUCCACCGGACACUCCCAAACUCACGGACCCAGUUCAUAACUCGCCGCCAUUUCAGUGGCUCAGGUGACUUCGAUCGGAACAAAGAGGUGGACAUGAUCAAUCUCAAGUUUGCAGAGGCCAGGGAGGAAAUAGAGAUGGCCAUGGAGUCUAAAGAGACCGUUUAUUUCGAUGAAGAGGCUGAGUGUGCUCGGAUUGCUGUCAAUCAAGUGCUUGAUAGCUAUGCCGCUUUGUUGGCCAAGCUGCCGGAGGACAAAAGGGCUGCAUUGCAGAGGUCCAUGGGGUUAAAGAUUGAGCAGUUGAAGGCGGAAAUCGAACAGCUCAAUGAGUGAUAAUGAGGUUGGUUUCAGUUUGUAUUUCUAAGUUUUGAACUAUGAAAUAGAUUAUUACACAUCUUGCUAAUUCUGGGAACUGCUGUAUUGCGUCCCUUGUGUUCUCAGUUGGAUUUGUUGGGAUAAAAACUUGCUGAUGUCCAUGUUAUGGUUUUUAAAUUCUAGGAUUUGGGUACAUGUCUAUGAUGUUUUUUUCUUUUUGGUGAAUGCUAUUUUGUCUAGAUGUACAUGAAUUCUUUGAGUGAGUGAUUAUUAUUGCUAUUGGACUCAGUAGUGGUAUGGUGGAUAAUUGU